AUUGCUCUCUCUGAUUAACAAUCAAGAAACUGCACGAGGCAGGUGUCACAACUCACUUUUUCCUUCAGCUUGUUUGCAUCAGGCCUGAUUUUGUUGGGGGCAGGAGGAGAAAUGUGCAGGAUCUCAGCAUCUUUCAAGAGGGUUUCAAGCAGUUUGCAAUGAGUGACCCAUGGGCGUGGCUGCACUUGGCUUGGAGAAGAGCUCAAGGACUGGUUACAGUUUCGGAUAAGACAUGGCGUGGUUGCCAUUUUCUCUCUACCUUCUGGGGACCAGGCUGUGUAGAGCUGCGUCCACACAAGAUCUGGGUCUAGAUCAGCCUCCAGUUGUCAGAGCCCUCAGAGGGGAGUCUGUGACUCUGCCCUGCUCCUGUGACGUCUGUAGCUACCCUGAGUUCUACUCCGAAUGGCGUUUCACCAGUGGGAACAGGGGCCCGGGCACCAUCCUGGCCGUGAAGACGGCCAUCAGUUCCAAACACCUGGACCCACAGUACAAGUUUUCUGUGACGCACCAGAGAAACUCAAGAUCUCUGCUGCUUAUUAAAAACUUGCAAAUCAACGACCAGGGAACCUACGUGUGUACAAUGAUUAAAAACGUGCCGCCUCCUACAGUGAUCUUGAAAGGGCCCGGGACUCAGCUUGAAGUCUAUGCUUUGCCCAAAGUCUGGCUCUUUGCUUCUCCCUCGGAAGCAGCUCUCCCCAUGGCCCUAGUGACCUGUGCAGUGAGGGACUUUUAUCCACAAUCUCUGUACACCACAAUGAAUGCAACAUGUGGGGGGUACGCGGCGCUGGUGGACAAUGCUUCGGCUGUCAUGACUGGUGAUGGGACCUUCAGCAUGACCCUACAGGCCUGGGUGAAUGUGACCGGCUGCCAGAAUGGGACGGAAGUGACCUGUUUGGUUAGACAGCUCACAGCUGAGACACGCAGGAUUCUCUGGAUACCCAGGGCAAAAAACAAAGCAGCACUGUUACCUGUGCCGAUCAUCCUCAUCAGAUUUAUUUUUGGAGGAGCUGUGGUUCUUUGGCUUAUUUUCCUGCUAGGCUGCUUCAUGAAAACAGGCCUGCCCGGACCAGCUAUGGCACUGAGUUCCUUGCACACCACUUCACGCCCCGUCGACCCCCAGGCCGGAGGAGGCGGAACAGAUAUCCCAGAACUGGAGUAGGCAACUGCACAGCAGAGCAGGAGCUCAUGGAGCGGUUCUCUGAACUGGUACAGCACAGCCACCACUGGGCUACCACGGCAACUAAUUGGACCUGUGAGAUGGGUAGUGCUCAGACUAUGAGAACUGAGCCUCAAGAAGCCGGCCAGUUAUUACUUGGAACUAUGGGACUGAGGACGGGCCAGAUUUUAAAGGUAUUUAGGCACCUGACUCCCAUUGAA